AUGUCUGCAGAGCGUCUGUCGCUCGGGCCUCAGGGUUUUUGUCUGGACAGCAGACCCGACAGCUGGGGGGUCUCCUGCUGGACGGGGGCCGCGCAGGCCCUGCAGAGCCGCGUCGGCCCCGUCGGCUCCUUGGUAGACGGGCGACACCCGACCUGUAACUUCCUGUUGGAGGUGGAGCGAGAGCAGGCGGAGUGUGUGAGGAGGCUGAGGGCGGAGGACGCGUCCAGCAGCCAAACAGAGCCCGCGUGCAGGGGAACGUGGGACAGCAUUGCAUGCUGGGAGCGGACGGCAGUCGGACAGACCGUCACCAUCCCGUGUCCCCGAGUCCUCACCACUGUGUUCGGCAGAAACGGUAACAUCAGCAGGACGUGCACGCCGGCGGGGUGGUCGGACGUCUUCCCGAACAUCACCAGCGCGUGCGGGUCGGAGCCCGGCCAGGACAAGCUGGUCUUCUACGUGGUGGUGAAGACGUUGUACACGCUGGGUCACAUUCUGUCUCUGAUCGCCCUCACCACCGGGAGCGCCAUCCUCUGUCUGUUCCGGAAGCUCCACUGCACCAGAAACUACAUCCACCUCAACCUCUUCUUCUCCUUCGUCCUGAGGGCCGUGGCCGUGCUGGUGAAGGACGACAUCCUCUUCAACCGAACCUCGCAGUGCUCCAACCAGCCGUCACUGGCGGGAUGUAAAGCCAGCCUGGUGUUCUUCCAGUACUUCAUCAUGGCCAACUUCUUCUGGCUGCUGGUGGAGGCUCUGUACCUCCACACGCUGCUGGUCGUCAUCUUCUCGGAGAACCGACACUUUGUCGUCUACAUGUUCAUCGGCUGGGGGAUCCCCACGGUGUUCGUCUCUGCGUGGGUGAUGACGAGGAUUUAUCUGGAGGACACGGGGUGCUGGGAGCGAAAUGACAACCCAAUACCCAACUGGGUGAUCAACGGACCAAUCGGGUUCUCCAUCAUGGUGAAUUUCAUCCUCUUCAUCAGCAUCAUUAGGAUCUUGGUCCAGAAGCUGAGGUGUCCAGACGUGGGCGGCAACGACCAAUCACAGUACAGGCGGUUGGCUAAAUCCACUCUGCUGCUCAUCCCUCUGUUCGGGAUCCACUACGUGGUCUUCGUUUCUCUCAGUGAAUCCAUCGCAGAAGCUUAUAAAAUAUUCUUUGACCUGGCCCUCGGAUCUUUUCAGGGUCUGGUGGUGGCCAUUCUGUACUGUUUCCUAAACAGUGAGGUUCAGGGCGAGCUGAAGAGAAAAUGGCGGAGUGUUUGUCUGAACUGCCGCCUGAGCAGAGACCAACACCUCCACGGCACCUUCGCCUCCAGGAACGGCUCCGAGCACGCGGCCCAGUUUCACCGCAACUCCCGGGCCCCGUCCAUCCUGCAGUCCGAGACCACCGUGUUGUGAGGACCGGAGGGGUCCGUUAACAGCAAACAGCCCCCAGGACGAAUAUGUUUUACAAAAUUAUUUUCACACAAAGUUGAGACGAAGGACCACGAGGUCGGGACCUGCUCGUCGUCUCAGGGCAGGUCUGGGUUUUAGCUUUAAAACCUGAGGUCCUUCAAAAUCGACCUGGACCUGAAGCAGAUCCAUCAUGUGAGGGCGUGUUUUGUGCCGAAAAAUAACCAUUUUCAAUUCAUGUGAGUUACUGUGUGAGCCAAGAUAGGACGGAUCUUUGGCGUCCUCAUAUUUUGUCCGUUUUACCUUAAAUAAGUACUUUAAUCCGUGUAUGUUAAUUGCAUCAGUGAAAUAAGGGUGAAGUAUCGUGCGUAAGGGAAACCGCUCCCUUCUUCUGGUCAUCAGUAGCAGAGCUGAAGACUUUAGAUUGAGGAUUCAACGUUGCCCUGCCAGGUAGGAGAACUUAUGUUGCCACAAUGCAUUGUGGUCCGUUUGACUCUAAAAGGACCAUUACAUUACAGGGCAUUUUGCUGACGCGUUUAUCCAAAGCGACUGACAUUGCAUUUUUAACCCAUGGCUUUUUACAUUUUUGCUUGGGGAGCAAUUAGGGGUUAGGUGUCUUGCCCAGGGACACUUCAACAUGGGGCAGCCGGGGCUCGAACCAUCAACCUUGCCUUGUUCCCAGUGCACUCUCCCUACCCAUCCACCACGACGACCCCAUUCACUAAAUAGACUAAAACACAUGAAACUAGAGAUUGAGACCAUAAACUCCAUGUUUACAAUGUUUACUGAGGGAAUAAAUCACGAGAGAAGUAGAGUAAUUUUCUCAUAGACGUCUAUGGGACCGGAGGAGUCGCCCCCUGCUGGUCACUACAGAGAAUUCACUUCCAACAUUCAGAACAGGAGGUUGCCGUCUGUAUUGAAUUCACAAUAUAUAUACUAGCUUUCAGACUCAUCUUUGCGUGAGUCGGGUACAAUGACGGCAUCGGUUGUCUCGACAAAUAAGACAAAACAGGACGUUGAGGGAAAAGGACAAAGCUCUCUGGUGUAAAGAAAUAAUGGUGGUUUUCCAUCAGGAGCCAGAGAGGAAACGGGGAUGUUGCUGCCAACAAAAUGACACGUUUUUCACCCCGAGCCAAUGGUGGUUUCUUUUAAUUGACCAUGACCGCCUUUUUGUGCCUAUCCUUGACCGAGCUGAGAAAUUCUGAUUGUGUUUUUAAAACAUUCAGCUCUGAAAAUUUUGUAAGAAAAUGACAAAUAAAAUUGUUUUGUCGGAUCACAAAAUGCUAACGGACAAGUACCAUAUUUUAUUGUUUAAUGUGAAGGCAAAACGGUAAGAGAGAAGAAACUCAACCAAGUGUCAAAGUCCGUCGAGCUAGUUUGUGGAUUUCAGAGGAAAUGCAGGUCAAAGUGUUUAUUCCAGCCUGAAAGGGAGCAGCGAUGUUUAUCCCACCAGGUUGCAAGAAAAGGCGACAGCUGGUCCAUUCAGUGACGUAUUGGGGGUCUGUACUGACCACCCCGGCCAUCUGAUACUUAAAGCUUGUUAGAAUCGCUGAUGGGAUCGAUACAAAAACAGGGUUCUUUAUGUAAUGAGUCAGAAGCCAAACUGUUCUGACCAUCUGCAUCGUUUUUAUGUACAUUUUGUUCAUGCUGUUCAUGCUCCAAACCCUUUAUCUGUGCAACGAUGGUUUGGAUUCUGUACCUCCUGCUGUGAUGAAGCAAUGCUGGUUCUCCGACUGAAGAUACCGGGAAACUUGUGAUUCACAAGUUAAAAACAACCACCACAAGUUUUAGUCAAAUAAUAGUUCUCCCGGAGUCUCGGCAUGUAUUUAAUUUAAACUUAAAAAGUCAACAGAUUGCAGUUGAAAAGAAAGAGUAGAUAUGUGGCAACUGAAACUAUUUAGAUUACUAAAGAGGUUAAAAAUAGCUCAGUUUCUUUGUCUGCUAUUGAGAAAAAUAUCACUAUAAUAUAUUAAAGCUGCCAAGUUAAUGCCGAUGACCAUGAGCGAUUUAAGAACUGAUUUAUUUUCGGCUCGGUUUAGUUAUCAGAACCAGAAAUUCUUAAUAGGAAAUAUUCUCAGCAGCUCACAGGUUCAACAUAGUAGAUCUAAAACAAGCUAGUGGUCAACAGUCCACUUCAAACUUGAUCAUCUCCCAACAGUCACCAACACAAUGCCAGGUGGAUAAAGGAACGUAAAAGAAAAUAAUCAUUUGCUUUUAAAUGGGACAAUUGUUGCUUUUAUUUGUGCAGUGAGAGUUGCGCAGCAGUUGAUAUUCUCAGUGUUUGCCUUUUAUUUUUUUAUUGCCGUUGUUUCAAAACUGUCAAUGUGACACAUUCUUAAUAAACUUAAUGUCACAAAAUGUUUGAGAAAGAAAAGGGAAACGUUUGCUUUGAGUAGCGUGCUAUAGUUGUUUAUAUGUUGUAUUUAACUGUUUGCACAGGACAACACAGUCUGGGGACUCUUGGAUUAAGGCAUACAGAGUACGGGUUCAUUUCAAUUGAUCAAGUCUUCUUAUUCACUAUUCGUAACACAGUUCUCUGAUCUUUGGUGAACAAAAUACUAAAACCACCUAUUUUGUACUUCUUAAUUGAAAUAAAUGUCUUUCAAAUCUUUCUAAAACACACAAUGUACAAUUGUAGGAAUUACUCAAGAGCCAGAGCCCAAUGUGCCUUAAACAUAUUAUCUAACACAGGUCUGUACCGAAUACACAAUAAACAUGGGGUUGAUGAAUCACAUUCUAAUGCUUUUUGUUCAAUUAGGUGAAUAAAUAGCACAUGGGUCCUGGAAUCUCCUUUUUUCAUAGAUACACUUGAGUAUCAUCUGCAUAUAUGUUCACAGUCUCAGGUUGGUUGUUUCCAUGCAUGCAGAUUGAGAAUAAUAGAGUGUCUAGGAUUGGACCUGGUGGAACACCACCUCACAGGGAAGCUGCAGUAGAAUUUGUGCAGCACGGCAAUGUAUAAGAAUACGUUUUAUUAGUAUUAUUAUUAUAUAAGUUUCUGUUCCAAAGCCAAAUAUAAAGGGUGUUUCAAGCCUCCCGGUGCAAACAGGAAUACAUUCAUUUGCGAUGGAUAGAAAGAGUUUCUGGUAGCUACGGUGCACACAAUCAACCUACCAUUAUAAUCCCAGACAGCUGUAUGCCUUAAGAAAAGUGUCGCCAAAUAAAGACAGGACGCGACCAUGCUGCUCCGCGUACCAUAAGAUGUCAAUGUGACAAACGUUGUAGACGACGUGCAACACAAACCGUGUUGGUUUGUCGAGCAAACUCAUAUUCAAUGUUGACUGCCAUUAUGCUGUGAGUGUGACGUCCUUGUUAGACACCAUGAAUGUGAUGCAAAAGAUGAUUGAUAAAGGCUGUCUUUGUAAGCAUUG